AUGCCAGACCGCCAUUAUUCCAAGUUUAUCCCCCCCAGUCUUUCUAUGAGCGAGCUCAUUUGUCAAAAGCUUGACAACGACGCGACGGACCUCCUCAUAGACAAAUGGCUCGAACGACCCCACCGCCCCGAUGCCUACUACGACUGGUUCCAGCGAGUCCGCGAGCGCAAGCACGCUGCGCAUGCAGAUGCUAGGAGAGAGCAGAUCAUUCUCUGGACCAAGGGAGGCUUCGUGCCCGAGCACAUCUUCACCCGCACCGUCGAUACUGGACGUCUGAUCCCUCUCGACCGCACAUGGGUCACCCACGUCUACCACCACCGCUCGAUGUCGAGAUUAAAUAUGAUGCCCGUGGUCUUCAGCAUGCUGCCCGAACUUAUGCUCCUGCGCGGAAUGCAUGAUCGAGGCUGCGACGACGUCUAUGUCAUCGUAACGGAUCUCAAGCGCAACGAGAUGGAUCAAGUUACAGACUAUUUCAAGUAUGUAUGCCAGAACGCCGCGGGCGGGGCAUGCAAGCCCAGUGUUGAGCAGAAGAUCAACCAUGACCACAUGCGUCUCACCCACACUCUCGACCGCCUCCGCCGCACUCCGUGCUUCCCCCAGCUUGACCUUACCUUGCGCGCUAUCCUUCACGAAAAGCGACCACCAUUCAUUGUCCUCUUCUCUCACCAGACGAUGUCAUACUCCCAGAUCCUCUUCGCCAACUCCAUGUUCGUCCCCUCGAAGGAGAUGUACUACGACUUCCCGAGCGGCUGCCCCAAUCCAGGCUGUACAGACAAUUGCUGCGAGCUAAUCAGGUUCCCGAAGAAGGGACUGGACACUGCUGCGGUGCUCUGCGACAAAAGGAAGGUCCGGUAUCGCUACGGCCGACGGGUGAAGGCCAAGGAGAUGUGCAACUGGAUCGACUGCCAAGUGUGCUUCUCCGAUGACUCGGGUCACGGAGUCCACGCCGAAGGCGAAGGGAGCAUUGUGAGCAGCGAGGGGAGCGAGGGAAGCGUAGACGAGAUCAGCGCGCCGAAGUUCGCGGGCUUUGUCUGCAGCAGGUGCAAGCACGUAAGGUACUGCUCCUCGGAGCACCAGAAGCUGGAUUGGGAGGAGCACAAGAGGGUCUGUGUGAAAGCCUCGUAG